CUUAGCCUGCACGGCUGUACCAAACCAACCCAAGCCACCCAAUAAUAACCAACCUAACCAAGCUGCGGACUGAGCUUAGCUGUUGAUGAGCAGGUGAGCUAGCUAGCUAGUAGCUAGGUACAGUCACGGAGCUAGUCUGCCAUAUGGGCAACUGCGUCCAGAGCAGCGGCGGUGGCGUUAGCAGCUGCGCCGUCGCCGUAGAAGCAGGGCGGCAGCAGCAGCAGCUGCUGCUGCAGCGGAGGAAAAGCGCUGCCGGUGAUGAGGAGGAGGAGGUAAUAAUUGAUCAAGGGGCGGCGGCGCCGUCGUCGGUCAUGAAGGUGAAGAUGGUGCUGACAAAGGGCGAGCUGGGGUGGCUGGUGGCGCAGCUCAAGGCCGGCGACCGCCGCCUCGAGGACGUGCUCCAGGAGAUGGCGCGCAAGCGUGAUGGCCGCCGCAGCGCCGAAGCCGACGGGUGGCGGCCCAGCCUUGAGAGCAUCGUCGAGUGCCCAGCCGAGACGGCGGCCGCCACCUCCGAUGAUUAGCUAGUUAGCAGCUGUCUUGUCAUAUGCGUACGUACUUGUGUGUGUGUGUGUGUGUGUGUUUUUUUUUUUUUUUGCGUUGUUGAUAGUCUCCAAGACUGCAAGCAUGUCCUGGUUGACACCGUAUCCUAUAUGUGUGUGUGUGGGGUGGAAAUUAAAACUUGUAGCAUUUCCAACUUAAUUAGGGAUAAUCUAGUCAUUAGCGUACGUAAGCUGCGCGCCUAGUUGAUGACUUAGUUUGUUAUAUGCAGCAUUUUUCCAACUUUUUUCCUUAUUAUUUUGUUAUGUAUAUAUAUAGAGAUCGGAUAUGAUUAGCCAGGAAGACGCAGCCGCCUGUACAUGACGAUGAUGAUCGAAGAGAGUGUUUAUUUCAAGUGCUUGUCAUUUCAAUC